UCACGAUAUAAACCGGCAAAUAGUUAAAACAACCUUUGAUGAAUGGAAAAUAUCAAUUCGUGGGAGGCAAAACAACAAUACAAGUGUACAAAGGUCAUUCUUCUAAAAACGAUCGCGGUUUUUUGGCAUUUAUCACUAAUCUUUGUUAUUUUUUCACCAUUGCUCCACAGGCAGAAGUGCAAUGGCUUAUGUCCGUGUUUUGGGUGGAAUCGCAGUCCUAGGUGGAGGCUGUCUGGCUUAUGCAGCUGUGCAAAGCCGUCAUAGCAUAUCAAUUGAAUAUCACGACUUGGACACUGCAAUAAAAUUAGGUGAAAAAUUAACACCUUUACCUUCAAGGAAUAACCAACUUCAAAGAUUAAAGGAGACCAAAGAGUUUGAUGUCUUGGUGAUUGGAGGAGGUGCUACAGGUUGUGGGGUUGCCUUGGACUCUGUCACCAGGGGUCUGAAAACUGCCCUAGUUGAGAAAGAUGAUUUUGCCUCAGCCACAAGCAGUAGAAGUACAAAACUAAUCCACGGCGGCGUUCGAUACCUACAGAAGGCUGUUUUCAAUCUCAGCUAUGAACAGUUCAAACUCGUUACAGAAGCGUUACAUGAACGUGCAAACAUGUUGCGAAGUGCUCCACAUUUAGCUCAACCGUUGCCCAUAAUGUUGCCUGUAUAUACGUGGUGGAAAGUUCCAUAUUUUUGGACCGGGAUUAAAAUGUACGAUUUAGUGUCAGGAAAACAACUCCUACAUCGAAGUUAUUAUGUUGGUCAAAAGAAAGCGUUAGAAUUGUUCCCAACUUUAAAAAGAAAGGAUUUGUGUGGGGGAAUUGUGUAUUACGAUGGCCAGCAAGACGAUGCUCGUAUGAAUGUCACUAUCGCGUUAACUGCUGCGCGUCAUGGGGCUAGUGUUUGUAAUCAUACUGAAGUAGUUAGCUUGUUGAAGAAGAAGAUUACCAAAGAUGGUGUAGAGAAAGAAAUCGUGUGUGGCGCGCGUGUACGUGACCAGUUCACGCGCGAAGAGUGGGAUGUCCACGCAAAAUGCGUGAUCAAUGCCACAGGACCAUACACGGAUGAUGUAAGGAGAAUGGAUGAUGCAUCAAGACCCAAUAUAUGUCAGCCAAGUGCUGGUGUUCAUAUUGUAUUACCAGAGUAUUAUAGUCCUCGAAACAUGGGCUUUCUCAACCCAGAAACUAGCGAUGGACGGAUAGUGUUUCUACUUCCUUGGGAAGGCAGAACGGUAGCUGGAACAACAGACACACCGACCAAGUUAACUUUUCAUCCAAAGCCGACGAAAGCAGAAGUUCAAUUCAUUUUAGACGAGAUCAAAAGUUAUCUAAGCGAAGAUAUCACAGUUCGAAACGAAGACGUCCUAGCCGCGUGGAGCGGCAUUCGUCCGCUGGUCAGAAACCCGAAAUCGAAAAAGACCGAAGAACUCGCGAGGAACCACGUUAUCGACGUGAGCGAUGGAAAUUUAGUGACGAUAGCGGGCGGGAAAUGGACAACGUAUAGGUCCAUGGCUUCUGACACUGUUGACGAGGCCGUGAAAUGCUGCGAGCUGAAACCGGAGUUUACGAACUGUCAAACAGAUGGUUUGGUGUUGGAAGGUGGGGAGGGGUACACCCCUAACCUUUAUAUCAGACUGGUUCAGGAAUAUGGUGUUGAUAUGGAGGUAGCUAAACACCUUACACAUUGUUAUGGAACUAAAGCAGUCCAGGUUUGUAAAGAGAUCACUGGCCCUGGGAAAAGACUGGAUGAAAGUUUUCCAUAUAUCGAAGCGGAGGUGAAGUUUGCUGUUCAAGAAUACGCGUGCACCAUCGUGGAUGUUCUCGCGAGACGCACACGACUCGCGUUUUUGAACGUCGAGGUCGCGCGCGAUGCUGUCCCACGCGUGGCCGAGAUUAUGGCAAAGGAACUGGGAUGGAGCGGAUGGAAAAAACAGGAAGAGGUCAAAAAAGCGGUGGAGUACUUGGAGCAAAUGGGUCUGUCUUUACGGGACGAAUAAAGAUUGUCCUAAAUUCUAAAUAUAUUUUAUAUGAACCAGAGCAACGGGAGAUAUUGCGUAGAAAAGAGGAGCAGAAUAUCAAAAGUGUGUAAAUUUAUGUACACAACUCUUACCAGUAAAACUGGUGACAGGUUUGAUUGUCAAGCCGUGUUAAAUUGUAGUUAAAACGUUUUUAAACCAUGUUUGAAAUAAAA